CCAUCUAUGGAUAAGACCGACGCGGAGUGUUUGUGCAUCACGUUGCAGCCUGUGUGCGUCCGUACGCCGCCGCCUGUGGACGCGCCUGUCAUCUGGAGGAAACUCCUCCCCGCAGACAGCGCGUCCUGUCGCCUCUCCAGCGCAAUGGUCUCCUGGAUCAUCUCUAGGCUUGUGGUACUUGUUUUCGGUACACUGUAUCCUGCAUAUUCAUCUUAUAAAGCUGUGAAGACAAAAGAUGUGAAAGAAUACGUGAAAUGGAUGAUGUAUUGGAUAAUAUUUGCUCUAUUCACUACAGUGGAGGUAUUUACAGACAUGUUCGUCUGUUGGCUUCCUUUCUACUAUGAACUGAAGAUAGCCUUUGUGGUGUGGCUCCUGUCCCCGUACACCAAGGGCUCCAGCGUGCUCUACAGGAAAUUUGUUCAUCCUACGCUUUCCUCAAAAGAAAAGGACAUCGAUGAGUACAUCUGCCAGGCGAAAGACAAAAGCUACGACACGCUGGUGCAUUUUGGGAGGAAAGGACUGAACGUUGCAGCCACGGCGGCAGUCAUGGCUGCAACAAAGGGCCAAGGGGUUCUGUCAGACCGACUGAGGAGUUUCAGCAUGCAGGACCUGUCGUCCUUCCAGUCUGACCCGGUUAACACCGGACCUGGCACGGAUCAGCCUGCAGCAGCUCAGCACCGGAGCAGACCCAUCAUUCGCAGCAAGUCAGAGAGCUACAAGGAUUUUGACAUGACAGAGUUUGAGAUGUUGGGGCUGGAACAACUGCACCCAGCAGAGUUUCUGUCUCAAACUCCAUCAGCCUCCGGGUCCACACCCACUACUACAUUACCCCAGUCCAGUCCAGCCCCCACACCCUCCCCACCCACAGCCCCGGAGGAGUCUGAGGAGGCGUCAGUGAAGGAGGUGCAGGCAGCGUCCAGCUCUCCACAGCUCAGGCUGAGUAAGAGGAAAGCUCCUGAGCCUCCUCAUAGAGUCUUAAGGCCUCUCACAAGAUCCAGGAGUGCUCUUUCCUCUCACAAUGAAGCCAUGUGAAACUCUCCUCAGAUCUCCUCCAGCUGCCUUUGCUGCAACAUGUAAAAAAAUGCUGAAUGGCCAAAAGCGACACGACUGAAGCAGCCUUGUUUUGGAACACGGUUUUACCAAAGUGACCUAAAAUGACCCCUCAACAGACAGAAUAUUACAAAAGGCUCAUGAUGUAAAAAAAUAACAGUGAGCUUUUCAUUGACACUUUGCAUUUGUGACUUUUAUGUUUUUAAUAUGUCUUUAUGUGCAGUUUGUGUUCCUUAUCUUCAUGCUUUAUUUGCUUUAAACAUCUGUUCUGGGAAGGCGAUCAGAUAUUAUGUCAGUUUAGUAAACAUAAUGCACUUUUAUUAUUAUCUGAUUCAAGCUGAGGAUCACAGACUAUUUUACUCUCAUCAGUGAGCAGAGUUUUUGUUUUUAUAUUUCCUUCUCCCUCCCAAAGGCUUAAUUUCAAAAUAAGAUACAUUUAAUUAAACUAUUAGACAUCUACCACACCAUUCUGUAAUGGACUUCUUUUUGAGACUUGAAGAAAGGCUAUCAGACAGAAAAUGUGCUCAGAGUGUUUCACACAAAAAAUAACUUGCACUAUAAAAACCAACUGCUCAAAUAUGGCCAAAUAAAACAUGCGUAAUCACCUUCACAGUUUAAGGGUUUUCUGUAGUAAACAGAUUUCAUCAAAACACCUGUUUCACUAAAAAUCACAAAAAAGGGAUCAGAAUGUCUUUGACCAUCAUUUUAAUCAUGUCCUGUCAUUUUCAUGAAUAAUUAAGAUUUGAGUUCAGUAAUCUGGUUACUAAGAGUAAAUAUCUGUUGUAUAUAAACAUGGUCGUUGAAAUCACUGUGUGAUGUUCUGCUGUUAACUGAGCGACUAGUUGUACCUUCACUUGCUUCUGCUACCUUGUAAGAACUUGUGAGACUGGUUACGUUGGCUUUCACCUCGUGAUGCAUUUGAUGUUCCUUCUGCGAUUACUUCAGCCCCAAACCCUCAUUUUACACCAACUCUCAUCGUGGUGGAGGGUGACGACAUCAUCCCAUCUUUAUCUUACAGCGAUUAGAAGUUAAAAACAAAAGCUUCUCAGGUACAGCUGUUGUUUACACGUCAUUGGGUCUGAAGUUAUAAAUACACUUAAUAUGCACAUUAAGGGUUUUCAAUGGACAAAUUGUGGGAGAUUUUCUUGUGUUUAAAACUUAGUGGCAUCAGUGUUAGUGUUUAAGGUGGUUUUCAUCUAAAAUUUAUGCAAACAGAAAAAAAAUGUUGCAUAAGACAUAAACUUGUAUUUGUGUGUAGGAAGAAAAACCUCAACGCAUGAUCUUACUUUGUAUGAAAAUGUGGUUUCUUUGAUUUUGUGUGAAGCUGUUGGCCUCUUCAAAUUAUUUUCUUAGUUUGCUUUGGUUAACCGGAGCAUUAGGAGUGAUUUAUUCCAUGGCUGUAACAUCUCUUGAGGUAUAUUGUGCAAAUUUACGACCUUACGAAGAUUCUGGCUGGCCAGAAAAUCAAAUUACUUUCGUUUCAACUGAAUAAAACAAAAAUGCAGUGAAUGAUGGCAUCAUGUAUGACUCCAAAAAAGUUUAAUAUUUCUGUUAAAUCAACUUAAGUUAAUAAAUAUAAUAAAAUCUU